AUGGUGUCAUCUCCAUCACCAUCACCACCUGCCUUUACCCGCCGCCCACAACCCAAGCGAACAUAUGGUCGACGUGGGCGCAUCCUCAAAUCUCGGACAGUGAGCCCUGAUCCUGCGUCCGACACAGACGUCGACAGCGACACCAACCGCGCAACCCCGACCGCCAGCGCGAAACGCCCCCGGAUGUCGAUGGAGUUGAACGACUCGCCCCAGACGCGUGGGGGAUCACACUCGAGGAGCGGCUCGCUGCGUCCGCAUGCCACAAUCGCAUCUCCCUUUGCGUCUACUCCUCACGCCUCCCCUACCCCCGUUGGCCCCUCGCACCGCGAUGACUCCUCGCCCAGACCACAUGUGGGGCGCUCUAGAACCGUGCCGCACACCGAGUCCUUGCAGUUGACAGCCCCUGCUUCCCCCCUUCAGACGAACGGGAAUGAGGUGGGCAGAGGGAGUGCUGGCUCACGGCCCCGGAGACGGAUGCUGGGUCGCGCCGAAAGCAUGCACGCGUCACAGGCCGUCCCCAGCAGCGCCAGCGCGCCCACUACACCUCACACGCCUAGGCGCCUGAAGACGGCUCAGUCUGUACCGACACCUGGGAGUGGGCCCACCCGCGUGGGUCAUGUCCUGGGAAGCGAACCGGGCUCACCAUCCGUUGCGUCGCCGCCUGCCGCUCCCCUCGUUCCCGCGAUCAUUGGCAGUCCGAGCCCGGCCAAGGCCAAGCGCACGUACGGGGGAAAUCGGAGCUUCCUCGCUAACCGGCCUGCUGACUUGGACACGGCGCUCAGUGAGGACGCGCAACCCAGCUACUCGGAGCUGCGCAAGGCGUACGAGGUCGACCCUGUUGACGAUGAUGCCAUCCGUGACCUCACGGAGGACUUCAACUUCGCGCGAGCACCUGAGCCGAUCAACGACAUGCGGAGCAAAGGCGAGAACCGUCUGUUCAUGGACGAUAUCGGCGUGCUCCUGAGCGACAUUAACAAUCCUGCUCAGAGCCUGGCUCUGAGGCGCUCAAGCGCCCUUGAUGUCCUGCAGAAAAUGCAGGAAGGCGAGUGGAUAACUAGACUUCGUGGACACACCGAAACGGUGUUCGUUGCACUGUGUAGUGGGCGGGGCGAGGACCCUAUCCUCAAUGCGGCGUGCCUGGUCUUCCUUGCGCUCCUUGCUAAGAGCGAUGGCUUGCGGCAGUUGCUCGAAGGCGAGGAGGAGAACGUUGUGGCAGUGUUGAGGAAUCACAUAGACCUGACGUCGGGACCUCUCGACCAGGGUUACAGGGGCAAGGCAUCGUUAUCGAUCCAUAGACUUCGCGCCAUCGCCUCCAAAAUCUUUAAACAGAAAGAGCAAGACCUCCGAGGGAGUCGUGGCAUUGCAUCUUACAUCCUAGCGGAGGCAUUCCAACUGUCAACGUUCACCGCUCAUAUUCAGGCCGCCAUCGCCCAGGAGGACAUACCUCUAACACUCUUCCAGCGAUUGAAGGACGAUGGGGCUCUCCUUCGGACACGUAUGGAACUGUACCGCAACAGCAUUGAUCUUGUUCCAAGAGACGGAACGUUUGAUCUGGAUGCAGUCGAGCAGAGUUUGCGGGCGCUAUCGCGUAUUGCGGCCCUGUCUCGUCCAGACCGCGAGCAACUAUCACAAGAGCGCGACUGUAUCAUCGCCUUGCUCUACCUGUUCGUCUCGAUGGUAGCCAUCGCUGUGGACGAGGAAGAAGACGACGAGACCAUCCAGCGUCAAGCCGCCAGGUGCGCUGUCCUCUCUCUAUCCACCCUGGCCCCUCUGGCUGAGUCUGCCCGCAGGGCGGAUGAACCCGCGGAGGUAUUCGAAUCUGCGCACGAGGUUGAGGCGACGUUUGCGGCCUUUGGACGACUCAUAUUCCAAAGGAACAGGUGGACCGACCUUUGCAAGUCCACCUCUGGAGAGCGGAGCACGUCGCCGUCCUCGUCUCCGACCCAGCCGUACGAAGAUCUGCCAAGCGACAUCGGGACAACCGAGAACUUGGACGCAAUCGAGCUCCUUAUAAUACUGUCGCCAGUGCUGGACUGGGUUCUUCCCACGACUCGCAGUGCCGCGAUCACAGUGGCGACAACCUCCGUCUCGGGUUGCGGCAAGCGCGAGUGCAUCUUCGGGUGCCGCUGCCUGUCGUCAAUCUCGUUCGCGUCCCUCAUCGUUUCUCUGUACAAUGAGAAAUUCCCAGAAGGUGAGCAAGGACGUGUCCAGCUACUGUCCAUGUUCGUCACCAUCAUCCUCACACGCCUCCUCGUAUCUGCCCAGAGCCACGUGCGGCCAUUAGUGCAGCGUGAGUUGGCUGGUACAUCGUGGCGCGAGCAGCUAGAGGGGCUCCGUAACUCCCUCAUCAACUACGGGUCGAUAUUCGCAAACUUCCAGGCGCUGGUAGGCCGCGCAGUGGGUGUCGAGGUCGAGCAGGAUGGGGACAGCAUCGUCAGCGAGGCGCUGCGUGAGCUGGAGCCGCUCCUUGCGAAGGCGUAG